AUGAAUUACGAAUUCGGGCGAGAGAGCGGUUUCAUCAACAGCCGGCCUUCGCUCGCUGAGUGCCUGACAUCUCUCACUAACCCCGUCGGUGAUGCGUUUCAAAGUCCAUCAAUCAAGGGCUUGACACUGAUUCCUCCUUCCCCCCUUGAGCAGACCAUCGGCGGCUCGAAGCCCAGCGUCCACCCACGCUGCAAGCGGGCUCUGAAAGGCUGCGGUCCGCUGCGGGGUGAGUCCCUGCCCACGGAGUACCCGUGGAUGAAGGAGAAGAAAAGCGUCAAGAGGAGCCAGACUACCGCUUCUUCCGCCGCUGCCGCAGCAUCUGACCUCUCUCCCCAAGGCAAGACGGGAUUGAUUAAUAACCUUCCUCCUCAAAAGGCUCCUCGUUUUUCUCCUGAGAGACCAGAGACUGCUGAGUUUGUGGGGACAUCCAGGAGACUGAGGACCGCGUACACCAAUACCCAACUCCUGGAGCUGGAGAAGGAGUUUCAUUUUAACAAAUACCUCUGCAGACCCAGGCGGGUAGAGAUAUCUGCGCUGUUGGAUUUAACGGAGAAGCAGGUGAAAGUGUGGUUUCAGAACAGGCGAAUGAAGCACAAAAGGCAGACCCAGUGCAAGGAGAACAGGGACAGCGAUGGCAAGUACUCUGCGGGACUGGGGGACGAGUUGGAGCCGGCUGAGGAAAGCGACGAGGACUGCGCGCUCCUGCAGAAGGAGCGGUCCGGCCUCCACCAACACACACUGACUUCACAACGGUGUCAAAACGGACACAAUGACCAGGACCACAGCCCUCCGAGCUGCACUGAGAAAAAUCUAAAGCAUCUUAGCAGCCCAGCACCCAUCUGCGUGUCAACAAUAGGCCCGGACAAUGCUCAGUCCGCCGGCCCGGACGCCUCAAUGCAGGAUUACAUUUUCUCCUCAUCGUCCUUUUUCUCAUCGGAUUCAUCACAGAGUCCGCUGCCUUUAUCAUCUGUAACUUUUGACCUUUUGUCAGAGACACUCACAACAAUGGACCUGCAAAAUCUCAGCUACUGAAAUCUGUUCUAUUAUUAUCAUUAUUAUUAUUAUUAAAUGCAUUUAUUCAGUUUAUCGUGUGGGUGGGAGAUUUACAAAAAAAAAGACCUCGCAAAAAGGUGAGUUAAUGGACAUUUUUCAACACACAUUCUGGUUUAUUUUUAUAUGGAUCUGAGAUUAUUAUAUUUCUUGAAAUAAACUUUUACAAUUA